AGUGAAAACCUAAAAGGAUCACCUAAAUUGUUGUCUCUUUGCCUGCUACUGAGUUCGGACAGACACUGCAGUUUUCUCAGCAAUGGCCAACAGCAAGCGCAAGCCCAGCAAACCCAACUCAACGAGCAGCCCAACUCCAAAUGAAUCAAAAGCCACAACGACUCCAGCGGAAGAGGCACCCACAAAAGGCAGAGCGCCUGUCAACUUACCCGCCACCCUUUUUAGACAAUGCACUGGCUAUGAGGCUACAGACUUUGCCGGCUAUGACCGUAUUACCCACUGGCUGCACAGGCCAGUGGAUGGCGCCGCCCUAGGCGUCUUUCGCAUGCUUUACGGCGCGGCCAUGCUCAUCGACAUUGCCGAGGAACGUGGGGGUGGCCAGCUGGAUGUGCGUUAUGGCGAGCCCCAGCACUGCCAUUUUCCACUUUUUGACGGAUUGCAGGUCCUGGACUAUCCACUAAUGGGCUGUGUGUAUCUGUGUAUGUGGUUGGGUGCCUGGGGCAUUAUGCUAGGCUAUCGCUUUCGCUUCAGCUGCCUGGCAUUUAUAGUGCCAUACUGGUACAUAUUUCUGCUGGACAAGCCCACGUGGAAUAAUCACAGUUAUCUGUUUGGCCUGGUGGGAACGCUCCUGCUGUUUACGCAGGCGCAGCACUAUUGCUCGCUGGACAAAUACCUGAAUCCGCAAUUAAGCUCGACAGUUCCAUACUGGAAUUACUUUCUCGUCAAAUUCCAGUUCUUUCUACUCUACAUGUAUGCUGGCCUAAAGAAAUUCUCAAUGGAAUGGCUUUCUGGCUAUGCCAUGUCUAGCUUAAGUCAUCAUUGGGUAUUUACACCUUUUCGCCAGCUGUUGGACUCGGAGCUCAUCGAUCUGCUCAUUGUGCAUUGGUUUACUGCCUUCUUUGACUUCUCUAUUGCCUUUUUCAUGACAUGCGAGAAGACGCGGCUGCUGGUUACUCCUUUUAUGCUGAGCUUUCAUUUGAUGAACUCGCGUUUAUUUGUAAUAGGCAUGUUCCCAUGGGUGUGUUUGGCUGAGGUGCCACUCUUCUUUGGAUUCGAUUGGCCGCGGAAGCUAAAGUUGCGCACCUUGUGCGGAUCAGGCAAAACAAAACCCAACGCAGGACACGUCGAGAACACUGAAGCCAUGCAGAAGGCUGCCAGCCCACUUAGGCCAAGCUGGACGGCACAGCUGCGGACUUUUUCAAUUCUCGGCUAUUGCGCUCUGCAGCUUUUCUUGCCCUAUUCACACUUCAUCACGAAGGGCUACAAUAAUUGGACGAAUGGAUUGUACGGCUACUCCUGGGACAUGAUGAUGCACUCCUACGAUACGGUGUUGACGACAAUCAAAGUGGUGGACAAUGAUAAUCAGCAGGUACAUUACCUAAAUCCUUAUUCCUUUACUGAGUACGACCGAUGGACCAAAUACGCAGACAUGGCUGUACAGUACGCGAAAUGCAUUGAACGCAAUAUACGCCAGGAUAUAGCAAAAGAUCCACAGAAUAGUCCACUAACAGGCACAAAUAUAUCCAUCUACUUUGACAUUUGGUGCUCCAUGAAUGGGCGCUUUCAGCAGCGUACAUUUGAUCCGCGUGUCGAUUUGUUGAGGGCUCCAUGGUCGCCGUUUGAGCGCACUUCCUGGUCGCUCCCUCUGCUCACCGAGCUCAAUGACAUGCGCCCCAAGCUGAAGACCAUAACUGAUGAGGUGCUGGCCUGGAGCAAUUACUCAGAUGUCAUUUUCGUAGCAGAUUUUCCGGGACUGACUUUAAGCAACUUUAUUGCUGCAGAUCUCAUCAACUGCACCCUAACCAUACUGGAUGGGAAUGUGAGGUACAAGAGUGCCAAUGAAGAUGAAGCAUAUUUCCUAACUGCCGGCAAAAGCAUUUGCCUGGAAAGCAAUGUGACCCAUUAUGUGACCACAAUUGGACAAAAGCCCGCCUCCUAUUUGUACACCUAUGUGAACAAGACAAUGCUGGACCAGGGCAUUGUUAUCAAUGACAACCCACAGACAUUGAACCGGCCGAUGCUGCCGCUUUGGCAGGAAUUCGAGCAGCGUGUACAAAACUAUCAACGCUUUCUAGUCCAUCUAGGCAACUGUGUGCUCCAUCUGCUAUACGAUGUACCCAUUCCACUGGCCAUACGGGAGAGAGAUUAAGAAUGAAAUGAGUUCUAUGUGUUAAUUUGAUGAUAUAUAGUACAUAUUAUACUGUAAAUGUUUCCUUAUAUGCCUAACUACCUAUUAACAAGUAAUUAAGUAUAACAAAAUGUAUGGGUGAUAAAAAUGAUAAUAAAUGUUCAAGUAUAUGCAUAAA